AUCAAUAAUUAUCCUAAUAAAUUUUCAUUCCUUAAAAAGAAGUCUGUACGUAUUACAAUUUGGUGAAAUGUACGAUUUAAUCGGUAUGACGGUAUAAGGGGAAAAAAACGAAAAUUAUAAUAAAUUAUAAUAAUUAAUAGGUAUUCGAUUUAAUCAUGGGCAUAAAUUAUAAAUAAUGUAAUUUAAAUGGCCAUGGAUUUAAUAAUCGUUGUUAAUACUGUUCUGUGCUAUAAGCAUUAAGUAUAGAACAUAUAUGCAAAGUUAUAACCGCAAAUAAUAAAUAAUACCUAUGUAUACGUUAUUAUCUAUGGGCUGUGGCUAAGGGUCAGUUGUAACUCUGUAAUCAUUCAUGGAUUUAUCAUAGAUAAUACUCGCCGUGAAAACAAAACAAACAAUCAUAACACGACGAUCGAUGUGUGUUGUAAUGAUAAAUGUAAUCGUCGGAUAACUGAUAUGGUUUGAAUCGUAGGCUUUCUUUUUUUAAAAUUUGUAAUCUGAACGAUUGCGCUGAAAGGACACGUCUUUCAUUAAUGUACAAAAAUAAUUGAACCGAAUCCGACGUUAUGGACUCAACAAUGGUGACUGCAGAUUAUGUUUCCAAAUAUUUAAGAUUGUUGAGUAAACUGCAAAACGACCAAAGAGCAUUGGCCCCCUUAAGAGUUUCUAUUUUAUGUUCUCAGCACAAACAAAGCAGUCUAAUAGAUGAAAACAAAUUUACAAACACAGGAAACUAUUGCGAACACUGCUUAACUCCUUGGAAGCAUGGCAAUUUUGUUGUGAAAACUUUUCCAAAUCGAGAAAAUAAUAAAAUACAAAAAAAGCGUUCUACAAUGUUAUUUAAAAUGGUAAUGAAAUGCUUAGUGUGUUUGAAUACGACCAGUUCAGUGUACAAGAAGAAUAAAAUAUUAAAUCAAAAACCUACUGAAGAAUUGCUACAAACUUCAACACUAAAUAAAACCAUUGAAAAAACAUCAAAAACCGAAGAAAAAGUUGAAACAAUAGUUAAUAAAAAACCAAAGAAAAAAAAGAGAACCCUAUAUGCUGGCUUAAACCCAUUAGUUUUUAAAAAUUUAAAUAAGAAAAAAUUAAAAAAUCCAACUACGAAUUUAUGAUAAUAAGUACAAAUACAAUCUUUUAUGUAAUAUUGAGGUAGUACUUCUGAUAGUUUAUUUUAAUAACAUAAAUCAUAAAUCAAAUGGUUUGAAAAUGUUGGCUAAACCUUGAGUCAAUAAUGUAAAAUACUUUUGUUAUUAUUUUCUAUGCAAUUUGCAAGAACAAUGUUUUGAUAUUUUUGACUAGUAAGUAGACUAAGAAGGGCGUUUAUUGAAUUAAGGGUGUCAUAUUUAUGUUUACUCUCCUAUACAUUGUCCCUUGGUAUGGUCCUAGAACUAUUGUUCACUUUUAUUGUUUUAUACUCAAUUUUAAUGAAAUAAGAAUCAUAUUAUAACUUAAAUUGUAAUACAUUAAAUAGAUUAUAAUUAUAAUUGUUUGAUAUCAAAUUAAUUGAAUAUUGUUAAUGAUAGUUAAUUAUAAUAUUAUUAGUGAUAAAUUCUUAGCUGCAAUUCUAAAUGUGUUUAAAGUGUUAGUUAAACUGGUAAUUUUUGGACAUUCAAGAGUAAACAAUUCUAAAGCCAAUAAAAUAAAAAAAAUUUCGUUUUGACAGAUAUAAUUACUCUUGAGACCCAAAACAUUUAUUUCAGGCGUUGAAAAGUAUAAUUUAACUCGCGUGCCAAAUUUGAUUUUUUUUUUUUAUACAUUUAAGUGUUAAUAAACUGAACUCACAUCUCACCCAAGUGACUAUUAAUUUCA